AAUAUCAGCUGUUUUCAAUUAUUAAUUCUUAUAAAACUUCUUUUAUUUACAUUGAUAUUUGUUUGAAGUUUAAACAAUGUCACGACUAGCUUUAUUGCGCAAUUUAGUCUUCCACAGACAUAACCUACUGCCCAAGGCGGUGCCACGCCUGCAAUGUGCUGCAUCGCUGCACAUGACCCGCUGCCUGCGACAGGAAGCGUCGCGCGGCGGUGGUGGCGGCGCUCUACAGCAGUCAAAGGGUGGUGCCGAUGUGUCCACGGAUGUACGCCCCGUUGGCGAGAAGAUCAAGGAAAACACCAAGACGGCCAGCUAUACAGCGAUCAUACUGGCAGGUCUGGGUGUCACCGGCAUCAUGUUUUAUGCCAUUUGCCGCGAGCUCUUCUCCAGUGAAAGCUCCAACAACAUCUAUGCCGAUGCCCUGAAACGUGUGGUUAAUGAUCCCCGGGUGCAGGAUGCCUUAGGUGCACCCAUCAAAGGCUUUGGCGAGACAACGCGUCGCGGACGUCGCCAGCAUGUGGCGCACUCCUGCUACGAGCGCCAUGGUAAGCCGCACAUGAGGAUGCAGUUUUAUGUUCAAGGCGUCAGGAACAAGGCCACCGUGCAGCUGGAAGCCAGAAGGUCCUGUCCAAGUAAACUGAAGUAUCGUUAUUUGUUUGUGCAAUUGGAUCAUUAUCCCCGUACCACCAUCGUGCUGGAAGAUAAUCGUGCCCUUGAUGCCAUCCCCGAGCCAGAGACUGCCCCUGCCACAUCUUCAUCGUUUGGAAGCCUGACCCUUUUGUCCAAUAGUCAGGACAAAUAGGGGAUUCUUUAUUAUGUUCUGCACUGCACUUAAAUUCUCUGUAUAGUUGUAUUUAUUAUUUGACUGACAAUGAAAAAUGCCAUUGGAAAAUCCCA